AUGUCGUUCGCAGCCAGAGCGCGCCGUCUCUCCGAAUUAGCCAAUAUCACCAUCUUCGAGAAGGGGCCAUUCGUCGGCUACGCAAAUUGCGGUAUCCCCUAUGCGCUGGGUGGCAUCAUUCCGAAGGACGAAGCUCUCAUUCUACAGACCCCAGAUUCGGUUAAUGCGCGCUACAAUGUUCACAUUCGGCAUAAUACAGAAGUCGUCAAUAUUGACAGGCAGAAGAAGACGGUGGAGUAUAGGACUGGGGAAGAAGUCAAGAGCAUGGAGUAUGACAAGUUGAUCCUGGCGCAGGGCGCUGAACCGUUUCGACCGCCCAUGAAGGGCGCGGAUGCACCGAAUGUUUUCACCCUGCAGACCAUCCCGGACAUGACCGCCGUCAAGCAGUACAUGUUUUCGCACGGCAGCAAAUCCGUUGCGAUCAUUGGAGGCGGCUUUAUCGGCCUCGAAGCCGCAGAGUCACUCGUCGCGCUCGGCAUGCAAGUUUCCAUUGUGGAGUAUCUACCACACGUCUUCCCUCCCGUAGACCAGGACAUCGCAGAACCACUCCACACCGAGAUACGCAAGAACAACGUGUCUCUGCACCUCAACGCGCGCAUCCAAGAGAUCGCAGCCCCAGAAAGCGAAGGACAACCGAGCCACAUCGUCCUCGAAUCCGGCGAAAAGGUCCCAGGAGACGUCAUCCUCCUCGUCGUCGGUGUGCGUCCUCGAGUAAAGCUCGCAGAAGCCGCUGGCCUCGCCACAAACCGCUUUGGCAUCGUCACAAACGCACAGAUGCAGUCCUCAGAUCCGAACAUCUACGCCGUGGGCGACAUGGCAUGCACCACCAACAUGAUCACGCACACACCGCAAAACCUCGCCCUCGCCGGCCCAGCAAACCGCCAGGGCCGUCUCGCCGCCGACCACAUCUUCGGCAGGGCCGUCGCCUACAGAGGCAACGUCGGGACCUCCAUGUGCAAGAUCUUCGACGUGAACGUCGGCCUCGUCGGCCCCUCGCUCUUCAGUCUGAAGACCCAGGGCAUCCCAGCCGAGUACGUCACAGUGCACCCCCCGAACCACGCGGGCUACUACCCCGGCGCCAACCCACUGACGCUCAAGCUCGCCUUCUCCCCGGCAGACGGCAAGAUCCUCGGCGCGCAGAUCCUCGGCAAGGACGGCGUCGACAAGCGUAUUGACGUCCUCGCUACUUGUAUCACGGCCGGUAUGACGGUCUACGACCUCGAGCAUCUCGAACUCGCAUACGCGCCGCCGUUCGGCUCCGCGAAAGACCCCGUCAACAUGGCCGGCUUCGUCGCGUCCAAUGUCCUGCGCAAGGACACGGAGAUCGUUCACGCUGAGCAGCUGACUGCGGAGACGCUGGAAGAGUACCAGGUCGUCGAUGUACGCGGCCCCGGGGAGUACGCUAAAGGCCACAUGAAGAACGCGAAGUUGAUCCCACUGAACGAGCUGAGGGGACGGCUCGGCGAGGUCGAGAAGAGUAGGAAGGUGUUGGUGUAUUGCUUCGUGGGGUAUCGGGGGUAUUUGGCUUAUAGGAUUUUCAAGCAGGCGGGGUAUGAGGUUGUGAAUUUGGAUGGGGGGUUUAAGAGUGUGAGUCAGGGGGCGUUUAAGGCGCUGACGGAGUGA